GUGCGCAUCUAUGCGUGUGUGCCUACUCAUCCUAUGUAUCUAUGUAAAACAAAUAGCUAUUUUUAGCAUUAUUCAUUGUGUAUGUGUCCGACAUAGCAACGAGUAUAUCUCCAACAUGAAUUACUCCUGAAGCCUUUGGGCCUUGGUUUUUGUUCAGGAAAAAGACUUGGUUGGUGGAAUGAGAUCCAUGGCCUCAUUAUCUUGAGGAGGAAGUGAGCAGUUAAGACGUAGCCAGUGCGUUUGGUUGUUUUUCUCAUAGUGUCAGAAGAGAAGUGAGUGAUGCAGAGAUAGAGGGUUGAGAGGACAGUUGCUUGAGGGAGAGAGGUACUGGAACUAAUACACCUGAGAGUGAAUCGACUGCAGAGGAUGUCACAUUCUGGACAGAUUAAAGAGUUGGUCGUCUAGCUGCCAGGAAUAUGACUGAGAACCAACUGGAACAUGAGCUUCUGCCAUUACCUCAGUCGUCAUUCGCUCAGCCUCCAGCGCCCGACCACCCCCAAGGUCCUCAUCAGAACCAGCUGCUUCAAGGCCUCGCCCAGCAUGAUAUCCCACUCCACCCACCAUCAGACUCAGACUCCACCACCCAGAACAGGCCCCGGCUCCCCGGCCAGAGUCCAAGGUGGACCAACCAUAGGAGGCUCAUUCUUCUUGUUCUCCUAGGUUCUUCGCUGUGGGCCAUCGUGCUGGUCCUGGUUUACUACAGUCAACAGGAUGUUAAGACACAAAGCAAAGAGAUCACGCCGACUGAGAAAGUCACUCAGUGUCUCUCCAAAGCUUGUCAGCGGGCCUCAGUCCGGUUAUAUACCUCUGUAGACCCCUUCAGCCAUCCCUGUGAUUACUUCUUGAUUACCUGUGGGUCUGACAGACCUUGGCCGACCACCAGGGGGAAAAAAAGAAGCGAAGGCCCUCCCCUGAAUUUACAGAGACAACCGAAAGGAGCAGAGAUGAGAACAAAGAAGAAAGAGAAGAAUCUGGAUGGAAAUAUGAAAGUAGAGGAAAUACUGGAUAGAAAGAAUGCAUUGAUGCGGUAUCUCCAAGAGGCUUUGGAAUCAAAAAGUAGGUCUGGUUCAGCAGUGCAGAAGGUCAAGGACUUCUACCGUUCCUGUUUGGACACCAAAUCCAUAGAGACUGCUGGGGUGGAGCCCUUCCUCACACUGGUGCAGCAGCUGGGAGGCUGGGGAAUAUCAGGUCAGUGGAACCACAGUGACUUCAACUCUACGCUGAAGGUUCUCAUCAGACAGUACGCCUCCUUCCCGUUCUUCAACCUCUAUGUUGGGAGAGACCCCAAUGAGAUCCUCCGUGGGACCGACCGGAAAUACAUACAGAUAGAUGAGCCUGAUCUGUUAAUCCCCAUUGCAUGGAACAACACGGCGCAGAAGUCCAUUGCUAAAACUCAGACCUUGUUCCCCUUCUUGGCAUUGUGCCAGAAGUACCUGGCUCUCCUUGGGGCUCCCUCUGGCAGCAACAUCGUCCACGUGGGCAUGUUCAUCUCUCUGUCCUCUGAGCUGGCCGUGGCCACGUCCCCCCUGUCCUACCGCCUGUUGAACGGACUUCUCUACCAGCGCAUCACCAUCAAAGAGCUGGCGAAUGAAGCUCCUGUCAUCGAUUGGCUGGGCUGCCUGCAGGCCGCCUUCCACCCCCACCCUGUUAGGCCAGAGGACCAUGUACUUCUGCAUAACCUCCCCUACAUUGUGCAGAUGUCCAAUGUUAUCCAGAAGUGGCUGACCGAGCAUGAAUUGAGAAGCAGUGGUCCAGUGCGCACCUUCAUGUUCCUCAAACUUUUGCAGACCUUCACACCUGCACUAGACUCCCGCUUCAGGGAGACGGAGAGGAGGUUUUAUCUGGCCUUGGGACACACUGUACCGUUCCGCGCUGGAAGCAUUGUAUCACGGAGACGGAGAAAGGAUUUGACACUGUUCUCCCCCAUAUUCUCACGGACAUGGCUACACAACGGAAGACUAUCCUUUUGUGAACAGGCAGAGGAGAUGCUUGAGAACAUAUUUUCAAUCUUCAAGACCAAAUUAAAUCAUCUUGAUUGGGGAGAUAACAACUCUCAACAGUCUUUGAUGAAAAAGGUCCACUCGCUCACACCAAGACUCUGGACUCAAACUGAGAGCAAAAGAGAAUCUGAACUUGACCUACUUUUUUCAGAGGUGAAUAUUAGCACACGCAGCUACUUCUCUAACUACAUCCAGCUGCUUGAUUUGCAGCGACAGAGGCGCAACCGCCUCUUCAACCAGACCCAAGAGGACGACAUUUUUUCUGUCAGACCAUUCCACUCUGGCAAUGAGGUUAUAUUUCCAAUGGGAAUGUUUGUCCCUCCAUUUUUCCACGCAACCUAUCCCAGGGCCAUGAACUAUGGUAUUUUAGGUAUCUUUAUUGCCAAAGACAUCUUUCAUCUUCUUCUACAAGACGACCCCUCUCUGAGCGAGGCGGGGACAGCGAUGGCCGAGUGCGUGUGGGCCCACUACCUCAGCACCACCGGGAGGGCCGGCGGAGGUAACGCCACGGUGCUCUCUGCGGUGCAGCGGCGGGAGAUCUGGUUGCAGUAUUCUGCUCUGCAGGUGGCGUUUCAGGCUUAUCAGCAGAGUCUACAGAGACAGCCCGAGGAUAGUGCUCUAUUGCAUCUCUCUCUCACACACCUGUUCCUCACUUCAUUUGCCCAGACGUGGUGUCCCUCUUUCAGGUUGACUGUGAUACUGAGCUAUAUGGUGACUCCAUGCCUUUGGAGCCCUCCUUCAUGAUAACGGUCCUCUGCUCCACCUCCACACUGUGCCCUGCAGCACUGGAGUGCCCCUCAAAGACUCAACUACAUUCAUUAAAAGCAUGUUUACCGCAUUCUUCUUAAGGUCAACACAAAUGAUUCUCUGAUGCAAUGCCUUACUUUAUGUUUGCUGCUGAGAAUGUGAUAAUUAUUAAUGAUUGCCUAAUAUGUCAGACUAUAGGUAUAAAAGAAUAAUGACUACUUGGAUAUCUUCAAAUGUUGUAUAAUCUGUUUGCAGUUCAAGAAAAAUGUAUUUACUUUAUUAGAAAAGGUGAACUCUACGCUGUUUAAUUAAAUGGCAGGCCUAGUUAGGCCUAUUUGUUGUUUUACAUAUCGCUGCUUGGGAACACUGAUGGAAUUAUUUUUCAUUAAAAAGCACCAUAGCAACGGUUGUUUGUGUUUGUUACCAUAUCUAACGGUAUUUCAAACCGUCAAUUCAGUUGCUGCCUGUCCUUGCUGCCGGUCGUUCCUGGGAGUCUUCUACAUUGUUUUAAUGAUGGCAGGAGUGAAAUCGGCCCGCAAGGUCAGCACUACCAUGACCAAAAGGUCUAGAAAAACUGUCCGUCUCACCCCGAAAGGAGUCACGGAAAACAAGAAGAAACCACGGAAGACCACACCGAAGAGAUCGUCGAGCCCGCGGCGGAGAGCGGUUAGCUCUACCCGGGGGGGGGGCCUCCUGAAGGCAGGGCCUCAACGUAACGGUCCCCUGCGGAAACCAAGAUCUACCAUUAAGAGGAGAACCAACAGAAUGAAGGGGGUCUCCAAAAUUGCACUGCAAAAGACUCCGGUUCGUGUCUCAAAGGCCAGGUCCAAGGCCAGGUCCAAGGCCUCCAAGAUAGCGGGGGGCGGGCGGCGUCUGCCCGGGCUGCCACAGCUCAUCCGCCGCGCCGCGCUGCAAUGCGCGCAGCGCGGCGGCAUCACCAUGGCAGCGCUCCAGCACGUGCUGGCCAACGGGGGGUAUGACGUCAGUAAGAACAACGCCCGCGUGAGAAUGACCCUGAAGGGGCUGGUCGGAAAAGGGACCCUUCUACAAAGAGCCGGGUCCCGCUACAAACUCAACACGGGGGCAGGUGAGAAGAAGACAGCCGUGAGAACUACUAAACGCGCACGAUCUCGUCGCAGAAGUGGGAAAGCUAUCAAAGCUUCCAAACCAGCAAGAAAGUCAACCCCACCCAGAAAGCCAGCCAAAAAGUCCCCCACUAAAGUCAAGAAGCAGGCAGGCAGGCCGAAGGGCAGAAAACCAAUGCGAUCGACCAAGGCAAAGAAACCAAGAGCCCGUAAAGGAAAGACCACUCAGAGGGCUCGUAGGUCCAAAAGCUGUUAACCAGCUGACUUCUCAAUGUAAAAGAAAACAAUAAAAAAAUUUGCAGUUGAA